UCGGUGUAGAAUAUAAGUAAAAAAUGAGACCACUGACAUAUUUCGCAUUUACACUGUUAUCAGUUGUGAUACAAUUCUGUGUAAUGGAUUUUAUACAAGAAAAGGCUGAGCUUGAUGAAAAAACAAUUGCCUACAAUGAAAGCAUAAACAAGCCAAAUACUCUUGCGUUAUACUAUCGCUCGAGUAGAAACGGUUAUGAGAAGAUAAAAGAAUUGUCUGGAAUAAAAUAUCCGAAUUUGUCUCUGCAUAAUGUUUCAGUAUCGACAAGUACAGAGCUUGCGUUCACAAUUUUUGACGUAUUGUACGACGAGAAUGUAUCUACAACAGAUAUCACUUUCACAACUGAAUUUAUCUCAAGCACCGAAUUAGACAAUGUUACUGAAAUAACAUUAUUUGAACAGACUUCGACUACCACUAGACCUGCUUUAGAUACAAAGAAAGCUACACCUGGAAAUGUUUGUUACUGUGAUCUGUUGUAUAAACAAUGUGAUAUCAACUGUUGCUGUGAUGAAGAAUGUUCACAAAGAGAUAAAGAAUUGUUUGAAAAAUGUAAAAACUUCCAACAAAAGAAAUAUCAUCCUUUAGCAUGCGGCGCAAGUUCUACUAUUUCUGGAUUCGGAAAUUUACUUUGUAUUGCCAAAACAAACUUGCCCGACCAUAGAGUUGCUGUAAAUCAAAAGAUAAAUAAAGCGAUACAUGAUGUGUUUUUGUGGCAUGAGAAUCACAAACAAGCACAGUCAUAUAGUUUUAACAGAAACAUUUACAAAUUCGGUGAACCAGUUUGGAUACUAAGAAACAAAUUAAUUUAUUAUUUAGAUUUACCCAUCUCUGUUAUAAAUAACUACUGCAGUGUAAGACGUAAAAUAAAAUUUUUAAGUAAUGAGAAGAUUAAUUGUCGAGUAAAAUUAAAUGAUUUGGAAAUGUUUCGUGUACUCAACAUAGCGGAACACUCUACUGUAAUCACUGUAACUAAAGAAUCGUUGAACAAUACAGCUUUGAAUUGUUCUUCACUUCAUUGCACAAACUGGACGAUAAUUUACUGUAAUCGAGAUAUUUGUGUGCCUUAUAAUAAGAGUUUGCACUCACCAGUAUGUACAGAGAGUGAGUGUAAAAAUAUUGCACUUAAAAUAGAAUACAUUUUUAACAUUUACGAAUCGACAAUCGUCAAUGUCACAAUCAAAUUAUACGCUCAACAAAUAGCAGCAAUACAAUACGUGAUGCAAGAAGUUGUCGUUAAUUUUUUCAUUGGCAAUGCUUCGACGGAAAAUGUUGUAGCUUUAAGUGGAAAUCCCGGUUAUAUUAUUGGGUUACCCCUAAUCACAUCGUAUAUUGAAGCAAAUCAUACCUACAAUUUCUUUAAUAGUAAUGACCAGAACAACUAUAUAUCAUAUGCGGAGAAUAAAGGUGGUUUCUGCGUGCUCACAGAGUUAAUCAAGAAACAUAUACAGUUUGGCAUUAACAAGAGAUCGAAAUGCAGAGUUACAUUACGUCCACCUUCUACAACAAAUGGUACAGAAGCGUGUAUUAAUAUACAGAAAGAUAUUAACAAAAUUGCAGGCGUUGAUCGUGGAAUGUUCAUUUCACCGUAUGGCAACCCUACUAAUUUAAACGAUGACGAUUGGUUGCCAGUGACAUUUGAGUCAAGGUAUAUUUAUGGUGAAUUUAAAUCCAAAAGAUCUAGAUUACAAUGUCUUAAUAUAAAUACGAGAUUCGCAUUUGUGUUUACGUAUGCUGAUUUAAGUGAUGUAGGUACGGAGAAUAGGUUGUUGUCGGUCAACAUGGAUGGGUCGGUAACCAAUGUGACAUUCGAGUCUGAGGAAUACACAACUGUGAUUACUGUCGAUAUUAACUUUAUAAAUAUGAAGUCCGCGAGUCGGCAUCACGUCGCCGGACCUCCGCAUUUGAAUCUCAAUCUCCCAAGAGACUUUUUCUUCCCAUUCCCUUCGAAUCUAUGCUCUAUUUCUAAAUGUAACAUGUAUGUAGUAAUGUACUCUUUAGUCGCUGCUGUUUGUUUUAAAUAAAAUAACUUUGAAUGUUAA